AUGGAGCUUCCAGUUUUGGACAAAUUUUGUUUUGUGUUCGACUUGAAGACAGGAUGUAUCGCGAUGGGCAUCAUCAAUUCGCUCCUAACAUUCAUCCUGGCGGUGAUCAUGAUCACAUUCGCGGUGGACUUAAAGACCCUAGAGAAGCAGCUGAAGCGCGACGAGGUGGACACCACCAUGACCUCGGUGGUGUAUGCCAUCGUGGUGCUGUUGGUGGUGCUGCUGUUCGUCAAGUUCCUACUCGAUUUGGUCUUCGUUUAUGCCGUUCAUAAGGAAAAAUGUGGUAUUAUAAAAAAAUACUGCAUAUUCUGGAUAAUAUUCGUGGUGCUGUUCAUCAUUGGGUUCCUAAAGAUACUGUUCUACAUGGAUGCUGGGCAUGUCAUCUCUCAUAUCCUCUUUUUGGCCGAAAACUUCUACUACAUCGUUGUAAUAAGGAGCUAUUUGAUUUCGGUCAACGAAGACGGAGUCCUCUAAACAUUUCACAUUUGCUGACUAAACAUGUUGCUACUUUAUAAAUUAGUAUUUAAACAUUGUAACUGACGUGUAACGUAAUUUAGUAAAAUAUAAUCCAGUUUCAAAUGUGAUUUUUGGCAUAUCUUUAUGUCUAGAAUAAUGUAAUUCACAUUUGAUUUAAGACGUAAAAAUUUGUCGAAGCUAUUUUGUUCUGCGCGAAAAACGAUCUUGGAUCUUAUGCAGACGGUUUAUUUUAUUAAAGCUACUGACUCUUGCAGAAAAGAAGAUAGAUACAUAAGCGUGCCUAAUUUAUAUACAAAAUUAUGCAGUAACAAGCAUAAAGAACGGGCGAACCAAAAACGCUUGUAGUCAUGGCGUGUAACACCUACUCCGUCUGCAUAGGCCCUAAUGAUGAUAAUGGGUAUUUGCUUGUAAGAGAAAAUAAUAAUCUUUUUUAGAUUCUCAAAAUAAUAUUACUUAUAAUAUACAAACCGGUAUUUACCGGCUUAUUUAUUUAUAAAAUUUAAUGAACCAAAAUUAUUCUGUUUUGAAAAUAAUUUAUAUUUACCUACUAUAGUAUAAUAUGUUAAUUGUCCAGAAAAAUAUGACAACAAAGAGAUACAAUAAUACAGUUUGCGAUAUGAAUUUAAUUGACAAAUAUAUAUUUUUUAACACUUUCUCUUCUACAGUUACUGAAAAUCUAUCGAAGUCCAUAAUAUUAUCUACUUUAUAUAUUUUAUAUUUUUAUUACUUAAAUAUUAC